AUGGGCAGUAGAACUGAUAUACCGAAUGGUGAAACACAUUUAAACUCAUUAAAUGAAGAGGGGGUUAGUCAUAGUCAUAACCUUGGUGAUACUGAUAUUGAAUUACAAAGUAUGGGUGGUUCUCGUUAUGAAGUCGAUGACGUAGAUCGAGACGAUGGUGAACACCAUGAGGGAGAAAGAAAUGAGCAAUGGGCGUUAUUAAAGAGAUCUAAUAAAAUGAUGAGAUCAGUUAGAAAGAUAUGGGACGGUCCGGAUGAACCUUAUGAUGAACCUCCAGAGUUCUUGGAGACUCACUCUGUUAUAAAGAUAUUUAAUGAAUUUCCAGUGCGAACAUUUCAAAAAAGAAUUGGGACAGGAACUCUCUCAAUGACUAUUUUAUUCAUAUACUGUGCUAUUUGGUUUGGAACUAACUUCUUUUUCUUAUAUCCGCACUUUGUUUUCAAAGCAUAUUAUAUUCCCAGCGAUUUAAGUUCUGAUAAAAUUCCAAUAAUAUCACUAGAUUGCAAUUCAUAUUUGAAUUGGGAAGGUACCAACAAUGCAUGUGGACUAUUCGGUGAAAAUUGUAAUCCAUUUGAAGACAAAGAAUACUAUAUUAAAUGCCCAGCCUUAUGUGAUAUGGGUGGUAUAGCUUACUCUGCUAUUGCAGUUGGCUCCAAAAGGGUUAAAUAUACAAACUAUAUUAUCGGCGGUGGUACUGUAUCGGAUUUAGAUGAGAGGUCUGAUGGGUUAUACUCGAAUCCAUUUAGAGCUGAUUCCUAUCCUUGUGCAUCCGCUACUCAUUUGGGCUUAUUAUCACCAUUAGCAGGCGGUUGUGCAAGAGUUUCUAUGACAGGAUCGCAAGUAUCUUUUCCAAGUGCUGAAGGUAGAAAUAAGAUGGGUUGGUCAAUUAGUUUUGGAUCAUUUUUUCCCUCUUCCUAUAGUUUCAAGUCAAUUAAUGAUGGUUAUUUUACAAAUUGUCUAGAUCCUCGUUUUCCACUCUUAACAUUGAAUAUUUUAUAUGGGAUUCCGGUAUUUUAUCUAUACGAGAGUAUUUACGGAUACUGGACAACAAUGAUCUCAGCAUAUUGGACUUUAGUUCUUGUAUUAGAUCCACCAUUUAUGAUAGACACUAUGAAUAGGGAAACGGUUUAUUCAUUAUUCAGUAUUGGUUUUCAAAGGUUAUUACCAUUAUGCUUUAUAUUAUAUGUUAUGUGGAAAGUGGCAGUCAAGAGAACCUUGGAAGGCGGGUCACCAGUCCUAAAAGUAAUAUUAUGGUACCCGCUUUUUUGGUUGGGAGUUAUGAACAAUGUUACAUUUGACAGACUCCCUGUGGAUAGACUGAAUCUUAAAGAUUUAAAAGAGCAACAAGGCGCUUUACUUGCGGUUGGGUCCAUCAUAACUACAAUCUUAGUGUGUGCCAUUGUUCAGGCUUAUAUGUUAUGGAAGUCCGGACGUUUUAAAAAAUAUUUUAAGAUUUACAUUAGUUUCAUUGCAGGUAUCGGUAUAUUGGGAUCGUUGCCUGGAUUAAACCUUAGAAUUCAUCACUAUAUUCUUGGUAUGGUCUUGGUUCCUGGAUGUGCUACAAGAAGUUUAACAGCAUAUUUGUUUCAAGGAAUAUUAAUAGGGUUGAUAAUUUCCGGAGUUGGUAGAUGGGAUUUUGCUAGUAUUGUGGAGACAAAUUAUGCGUUACUAAGAGAUGAAGCGGGAGCAUCAUUAAGUCCACCUUCAUUUACAUUUGAUCCUUUAGACAAUCAUAAAAUAUCUUGGUCAAUGCCAAGCAAUAAUUCUUCUAGUAACCUAGAGGUUGAUUCAGGUAAUGGAGUAGAUUGGCAUGGAAAAAUAGAUGGCUAUUCUUUACUCUUAAACGAUUUAGAAGUAUAUGUUGGUAAUAAUGAAACUGUAGAUCUAGACUUGUUAAUCAAUGACAACCAGAUGUUGAAGGAUAUGGUUAAUAAAUCUUUAGAUGAAUUAGAUGGUUCAGUAGACAUAUACUUGAGAGUGGCCAGAGCAUCUAUUAAAGCACCAGAACAGUAUCGCGGCGACUAUACAAAUGCAGGCAUUUUAGUCUGGCCGGAAGGUGCAUGGUAUGAUCCAUUACCUGGUGUAUCAUAA